AGAUAUACAUAUGCACUUAUAAAACUUGAAGUGUUCCAGGCUUUCGUCAGCAUACGGUUGUUUCACUGAGCCAACCCGGCGAAAUAUUUUGUUUUUGGCUCGAGAUAAUUUCGCGCUGUUAUAGAUCUUCGUUAAAAUUUCUUCAAUAUUGGUUACAGUAAAAUUGGUUGAAGCAUUGAUAAAUAUGAAUUCAAGUAACAAUUCAACAACGUCUGAAGACUGGAUGAGCAAGGAACUUGUGAUCGCUAACAUUGUUUUUGACGUUAUUAUAUUGGCAGUAAGUGUUUUGGGAAAUUUCCUGGUAAUUUUUACGAUCAUUCAUGAGAAAAAACUUCAAACUACUUGCAAUUUUCUGCUUCUUCAUCUUGCUGUCUCGGAUAUCAGUUUAGUGGUGGUCAAUAUUCCGUUCGAUAUACAUACCCUUGUGAACGGCAGUCAAUGGUUAUUUGGUAACUUCAUGUGUAGAUUAUUAUAUCCAAUAAGUACUGUGUUUUAUAUAUCCGGAGCUCUUAUUUUGACCGUUAUCUCUCUUGACCGAUAUCGAGUGUUCGUGCAAACAUUCAAAGCUAAGCUACGUCGUAGCCAAGCAAAAAAACUUAUUGCAUUUGUUUAUGUGUUUUCAAUUGCUUCAGUUGUUCCUUAUUCGUUAAAUUUGAAACUUGAAGGGGACGAGUGUUUUGAGAGUUGGUCAAAGUUUCGCUACAGACAAUUAUACACAGUUUUUCUUUUCUUAAUUCAAUACACUGUGCCGCUAGUUAUAAUGACUGUCGUCUACACGAGCAUCGCACGGCAUCUCACGAGAAAGACGCAACGUGUAAAUCUCUCGAGAAAUGGUCCACGCAGGAGAAUAUCGCUAUACUCAGGUGGGAGAACGAAAACUCGGUGUGAAGUAGAACGUGAUCAACGCAAUAGGAAAGCUUUGAAAACUAUCAUUACGGUCGUGAUAGUGUUUUCAGUAUUUAUGUUGCCUUAUCAAUUACUAUGGAUCAUAGCUGACUUUCAGGGAAUGGAUGAAGAAAAACUAUCCAAACUUAGUAAAUUGUUUGUGGUAUUUUCAUAUAUUGGAAGUUGUACAGUAAACCCUUUUAUAUAUGGUGUGGGAGACAAACAAUUUAGAAAAGGUUAUCGAAGUUUUUUGAAUCAUUUAGUUUCCAGGGUAACCGGACGUAAAUUGAGUCGUAAACUAAUAUCUGACGGUGGUAGUUCAGAUUAUUGGAAAGGAAAUCGUGCGCGAGAGGAGGAGAGUUAUGUAUGUAUAGUUUCAAUAGUUUCCAGAGUAGUUGAAUGUAGUUUAUCGAUUAUGAUACUUCUAUCCAUUUUGCUUUUCCCAAAACUGAUAAACAACGAGAACAAUUUAUUGUACCCUUUCAUAAAUACACGAUUAAAUAUUUACAAACAAAAUUAG